AUGAUUUCUGCACCACAUACAAGAAUUGCUAUAAGCGAAAUGUUUUUUAAAUGUUUUAAUGAUUGGAAUGUUACAUCAAGAAUAUUAGCUAUCACUAUGGAUAAUGCAACUAGUAAUGAUGCUGUAAUAAAUAAUAUAAAACAUAAUCUUGAUGAUCAAAACAUGCUUGUUGCCAAUGGAAGUUUAUUGUAUCAACGUUGUUAUGCUCAUAUAUUGAAUCUCAUAGUUAGUGAUGGUCUCAAAAUAAUUAAGAAUAUUAUAAGCAAAACUCAAGAAUGUAAUUCAGUAUAUUUAAUGCUAGUAUCUACUAUUCCAUAUAAAAGUGUAUUUGAGCGCCUUGUAUUACGAGAUACUAAUUUUGAACAAAUUAUGCCUUCUGAUAAAGAUUGGAAAAAAGCUGAGAUUACUUUGAAUAAUUAUCAUAAUUUUUCUGAUGUUAUUUCUCAGGAAGAUGAAUUAAUACAAGAUUUCAACCGUUUUCUUAUGACUAAUCAAAAGGAAAAUACACUGAGAUAUCCUUCUGUGUCAUUAAUGACAAGAGAUAUUCUUGCUGUUCCAAUAACUUCAGUAGCCUCUGAAACAAUAUUUAGUACGGCAGGAAGAAUUAUUAAUGACUAUCGAUCAAAUCUUACACCGGAAACUGUUGAAACAUUAAUAUGUGAUUAA